AAACAUUGUCGCUACUGUUAACCUUGGUUGUAAGCUUGACCUCAAGACUAUUGCACUUCAUGCUAGAAAUGCUGAAUAUAAUCCAAAGCGCUUCGCCGCAGUCAUCAUGAGAAUUCGAGAACCAAAAACAACUGCCCUAAUUUUCGCUUCUGGAAAAAUGGUCGUCACCGGGGCAAAAUCCGAAGACGAUUCUAAGUUAGCAAGCCGUAAAUACGCUCGCAUUAUUCAAAAACUUGGUUUUAAUGCAAGGUUCACGGAUUUCAAAAUUCAGAACAUUGUUGGUUCGUGCGAUGUCAAGUUUCCUAUUCGUCUGGAAGGUCUCGCUUACUCUCAUGGACAUUUCAGUAGUUAUGAACCUGAAUUGUUCCCUGGUUUGAUCUACAGAAUGGUAAAGCCAAAAAUUGUCUUACUAAUCUUUGUUUCGGGAAAAAUUGUUCUUACUGGUGCAAAGGUUCGUGAAGAGAUCUAUCAAGCAUUCGAGGCUAUCUAUCCAGUAUUAACUGAAUUUAGAAAGCCAUGA